AUGGCUGCCUUUAUACCAAACGCCAGACGACCUAGACAGUUUAGACGAGUAAGCAGACAAACUGACGACCUGUACAACGAGGAACUUCGACGACACUACAGAUUUGGGUCUGAAAAUUUGGACAGACUAGAGGACCUUAUUGGGGAUCGACUUCAACAUGGGACGAACCGAAAUUUUUCUUUGACUGCACGACAGCAAAUACCGAUAGCACUCAGAUUGUUUGCAUCUGGGUUCUUUCUUCAGUUAAUCGGGGACAUAUUUGGUGUCGACAUUGCCACUGUGUCCCGGACUAUAACCAGGGUGACGGACGUUUUAUUUUCACUGAAGGACGAAUACAUAAGAUUUUCAACGACGGAUGACGAAAGACGGACUGUUCAACAGGGAUUUUAUAAAAUAAGACAUUUUCCCGGCGUUUUUGGUUGUAUAGAUGGCACACAUGUUAGAAUAAUUUCUCCGCCGAAAGAUCAAGAGGCAGCUUACAUAAACAGAAAACAAUAUCACUCCAUAGAUGUCCAGGCCACUUGUAAUUAUCGCGGUAUGUAUACUGUUGUGUCGCACAAUGGUUGCCUCCUUUUCUAUAAGGGGUUCCCUAUGGGGUUUUAA